AUCUUGGAGUAACCACUAGGUGUCAUUGUAAUAUAAGUGUUGUGUUUGAUCUGGGAGACAGACAUGUGAUAUGCUGGCGGCCUGGUGUGUGUAUGGGCAAACAAACCAAGUAAAGCAUUGACUCAACUUUAUGAAUGUAGUUGUCUACUUUAUGCAGUGUAAAGAUACUACAUUUUUGGCGACGAGGAUGGGAUUGUGACAACCAGAAAAAAAAAAAAAGAAGCCUGGGACGACAACAUAUGGAGGAUUAACCAUGGCUACAGGAACUAUUGGCUCACUAGCGGCAUUUGAUGCACAAGCUCAAACAUGGGAAGAGUAUUCUGAAGUACUGGAGCAAUUUUUCGUGGCUAAUGGAAUUGAAGAUGAGGGUAAGCAAAGAGCUAUUCUCAUAAGUGUUGUGGGACCACAAACUUACAGUGUGAUGCGAAAUAUUCUGAGUCCAACAAAGCCAAGUGAAAAGACUUUUCAGCAACUGGUAACACUGCUAAAAAAUCAUUUCAACCCUCAGCCAAGUGAGAUUGUACAGCGAUUUAGAUUUGAUUCAAGGAUGAAGAAGCCGACAGAGACUGUGACAGAAUAUGUAGCAGAGUUACGUCGUUUGGCACAAGAUUGUAAUUAUGGAGCAACUUUGGAUCAAAUGCUGCGGGAUCGACUUGUUUGUGGCAUAGAUGAUGAUCGGAUUCAGAGAAGGCUGCUCUCAGAAGCAAAUCUGACAUUUGAGACUGCUUUUAAAAUUGCAGUAGCCAAUGAAGCGGCAAGUAAAAAUGUGCUCGACUUACAAAGUAAAUCCAGCGUACAGGCAUGUAACAGCGUCAUGUAUAAAGAGAGAAAACCUGAUCGCUGGAAAAAGGGAGAAAUGAGUGAACAAAAAGAAUUAAGAGAAUGUUACAGAUGCUGUGGGACAAACCAUAAAGCAAAUGAUUGCAGAUUUAAGAAGGACAAAUGUUAUGUGUGUGAAAAAAUAGGUCAUAUCGCCAGGGCCUGUCGUAACAAAAGUAAACAGAGUGGACCCACAAUAACUGGAAGAAGUGGAAAAGGGGUGCGGCCGCAUCGAGCAUUUAAUGUAAGUGACAAUAAUGACAGUGAUGAAUUUGAAGAAACAUUCACGUUGGCAUGUGUACAAACUGAUGCACUGAAGAAAGUAAAACCCCUUACUGUUGAGUUAAUUGUUAAUGGCCGACUGAUAAACUUUGAAAUCGAUACUGGAUGUAGUGUCAGUCUUAUGAGUGAGGAAAUGUACAAGGUCAUCUGGAAAGAUUCUGAAGCUCCCAAACUGAGACUUACAAAAAUCAAGUUGAGAACGUAUACAGGAGAGCCAUUGGGAAUAGUGGGUGUGGCUGAUGUAGAAGUAAAAUACCAGCAGCAAGAAAAGAUAAUGCCACUUGUUAUAGUGAAGGGAACAGGGCCUUGCUUACUAGGCCGAUCCUGGCUUGAAGAGCUUCAAAUGCAAUGGAGUGAGAUAAAGCUGGUGCAGUCGGAGAUGACGUUGCAACAGGUGCUAUUCCAGCAUGCGGAAGUUUUCAAGGAGGAGCUGGGGACAUUAAGGGGUGCUACUGCCACGCUGCAUGUGCCGACUGAUGCCACACCCAGGUUUUUUAGACCUAGAUCUGUGCCAUUUGCCCUGAAAACAAAGGUGGAGGAGGAGAUUAAUCGACUACUGCGGGACAAAAUCAUCUCACCUGUGAAGUACUCAGAGUGGGCAGCUCCUGUUGUUCCUAUCCUGAAACCAGAUGGCAGUGUAAGAUUAUGUGGUGAUUACAAACUCACAGUUAACAGAGCCUCAAAAUUGGAACAGUAUCCCAUACCAAGGGUGGAGGAUCUUUUUGCUCGGUUGGAGGGAGGAAAACAGUUCACAAAACUGGAUAUGAGUCACGCAUACCAACAAAUCAUCAUGGAUGAAAACUCCAAGAAAUACUUGACAGUGAAUACACAAAAAGGGUUAUUCACAUAUAAUCGUUUACCCUUUGGAGUUGCUUCCGCUCCUGCUAUCUUUCAGAGAACAAUGGAGGGAUUGUUGCAAGGUAUUCAAGGAGUAGUUGUUUAUCUUGAUGAUAUAUUGGUGACUGGCGUAAAUCAAGAAAGUCACUUGAAGACACUGGAGGAAGUGCUGGCGAGAUUGAAAGAAGCUGGUCUGCGAUUGAAACGGGGAAAAUGCAUGUUCCUGGCAGAUGAGGUGGAAUAUUUAGGCCACAGAGUAGAUGCCCAGGGUUUACAUCCGAUGGCAAUUAAAGUGAAAGCUAUAGAAGAAGCACCAGAACCAAGUAAUGUUGCAGAACUCAAAGCAUAUCUGGGCUUGCUCAAUUAUUAUAAUAAGUUCCUUCCCAACCUGGCAACGCUGCUAGCUCCUCUACAUCUGCUGCUGAGAAAAGAGGUUCCGUGGAUGUGGAAAAAGCCACAACAAGAAGCUUUCAAAGACUCUAAAUCCCUGCUAAAAUCAGCCGAGGUGCUAGUUCAUUAUUCCUCAGAUUCUGAACUGGUUCUGGCUUGUGACGCCUCUCCCUAUGGGGUGGGUGCAGUGCUCUCGCAGCGUAGAAAAGGAGAGAGUAUGGAGAAACCCCUUGGGUUCAUGUCAAGAACACUCACGUCUGCAGAGAAGCGUUAUUCACAGUUGGACAAAGAAGGCUUAGCUGUGAUUUUUGGCAUCCAAAGAUUUCAUAAGUACUUGUAUGGUCGGGCAUUUACUAUUUGCACUGAUCAUAAGCCCUUGAUCCAUUUGUUCAAUGAAACGAAGGCAGUUCCUCAAAUGGGAUCACCCAGAGUGCAAAGGUGGGCUGUAAUGUUACAAGCAUAUCAGUAUAAUAUUGUGUACAAGCCAGGGAAGUACCAUCAAAAUGCUGAUGCUCUAAGUAGACUCCCAGCGCCAGGCGAGGGAGAACCUGAUGAUACUAAUGAUCAGGUACUGAUGAUGGACUUAAUGGAUGACUCACCUGUAAGUGCAGCACAAAUUCGGAAAUGGACGUCUCACGACAUAACACUCUCCGUGGUACAUGAGUACAUAUUAAAGGGCUGGCCUGAGAAAGUAGAGCCUCAAGUGUUACCAUACCAUCAUAGGAGAGAUGCUUUGAGUGUCAAAGAUGGAUGUGUGACUUGGGGAGCGAGAAUCAUAAUUCCCUCACAAGGUCGAGCGGCUAUAUUAAAGCAAUUACAUCAGACUCAUACUGGUAUGUCAAGAAUGAAGGGAUUGGCCCGAUCCUAUAUGUGGUGGCCUGGUAUGGAUCAGGAUGUAGAGAGGGUGGUCCAGAAUUGUGAAGUAUGUCAGCGUUUCCGAAAGGCACCUGCUCAAGCUCCUCUGCACCCGUGGGAAUGGCCGAGCUCACCCUGGGAAAGACUUCAUGUAGAUUAUGCAGGGCCCUUCUUAGAAAGAAUGUUCCUCAUUCUGGUAGAUUCUCAUUCUAAGUGGAUGGAAGUUUAUCCUGUCACACAUGCCACAUCCCGAAUUACAAUUGAGAAACUGAGAAUGUGUUUCAGUACUCAUGGAUUACCCAAAAUGUUAGUGUCAGACAACGGGACAUGUUUUACCAGUAAUGAGUUUGAAAUGUUCAUGAAAAACAAUGGCAUUCAUCAUGUAACGUCAGCUCCUUACCAUCCUUCUUCAAACGGCCUAGCUGAGCGAGCUGUUCAAACUUUCAAGGAGGGGAUGAAAAAGAUGAAAGGUGACACUGUGGAGACAAGAGUUGCAAGAUUCUUGUUUAAUUAUAGAAUCACUCCUCAUGCAACAUCAGGGUUGUCACCUGCUCAAAUGCUAAUGUCAAGGAAGUUGAGAUCCACAUUCGACUUACUCAUUCCCGAUAUGAAGUCCAAAAUUCUAAAAAAACAGCAGAAACAAAAAGAAAGCCAUGACAAAAGCUGCAAACUUAGAAGUUUUGAAGUGGGAGAUUCAGUGUACGUGAGGAAUUAUGGUGGUGGAACCAAAUGGAUUCCUGCAGUAGUGGAAUGUUGUACAGGACCUCUGUCAUACAAGACUGUGCUAGGGCAUGGACUAACUGUGAAAAGACAUGUGGACCAAAUAAGAAAACGCUGUACAGACGAGAUGCUUGAGACUGCACUACCCACUGAAAAUGAACAGGAUGGUGACACUUCUACAUUGUCUAGUGAGGAUGUGGCUAAUGCACCUGCUGAUGUGACUAAUGCAUCUGCUGAACAGGAGAGGGCUUCGCUUGAAGGAGGACCGUCGAUAGAAGUGACUGUAGUAGAAAAAGAGACUAACCAACCUAUACACCUGAGAAGGUCGGCAAGAGAGAGACGUGCUCCUGCUUACUUGAAAGACUAUGUUACAUAAGUUAAGUCAAUAACUAAGAUAGUUGUUGAGUUUAAAAAAAAAAAAAAAAAAAAAAAAAAAAUCUAGAAUGUGGGUAAUAUUGUUUCAUUUUGUAAGUAAUUUAUUGUAAUUAUUAUUGGUGCUUAACUUAAGAAGGAGGGGAUGUAGUAUCUUGGAGUAACCACUAGGUGUCAUUGUAAUAUAAGUGUUGUGUUUGAUCUGGGAGACAGACAUGUGAUAUGCUGGCGGCCUGGUGUGUGUAUGGGCAAACAAACCAAGUAAAGCAUUGACUCAACUUUA